GAAAAGUUUUCCUUUCAACGACUGAAUCUUUUGUAUUUGCAGAAGGGUAGUUAACAGAGCAUGCAUUGAAGGACCACUUACAAUUGAGUUGGGCGAGACGAAAAAUGACAUCCAUGUUCACCAAUAACCAAAGGCAACAAGAGCGGACCGGAAGAUAUGGUACUUCCAGAUUGCAAUACCUUCAGGAAUUGGUGACUCAGUUUCAGAAUUCAUCAGAGGAUGAAAUUAAAGAGAAGAUUUUGGCAAAUUUGGCCAACUUUGCCUAUGAUCCUUACAAUUUUAACUUCUUGCGCCAGCUAAAUGUUUUGGAACUUUUCCUUGACUGCGUAACUGAACCCAAUGAAAAGAUUAUAGAAUUUGGUGUUGGAGGGAUCUGCAAUUCUUGUGUUGAUCCAGCCAACGCUACAAUUGUAGCUGGAGUUGGUGGGAUUCCUCUUAUCAUUCAAUGUUUAUCAAGCCCAGUUAGGAACACUAUAAAUUAUGCACUCGGGGCGCUUUAUUACAUCUGUAAUGAAUCUAACAAGGAAGAGGUUUUAAAGCCUGAAGUUAUUGAUGUCAUCAAGAGGUAUGCAGCAGCUGAAGAAGUUAGUGUGAGCUUCAGUAAUCUGGCUAAAGCAUUUCUUGACAAACAUCUAUCAAGGAACUACUAAGAGAGACAGUCCAUCAUUCCAUUCUCUGUUAUGAUGAUAGUGUAUUUUUUGACUUUUAUAUCCUUUCUAUCUUAAAAAAUUGAUAAAAAUAUUAAGUGACUUUUGUAUCUUUGUGUAUAGAAUGAAGACCUUCAUUUACUUUCUUUUUUUCCUCCAUGGAAAACCAAACCUAUUAAUUGAGUAACAUUGUUAGA